UGUAUACCUUCCAUCUCCCCCUCUAUGGCCAGUAAGGGAUAGAUUACACAAGCCUAAAGACUAUCGCGUAAGCUACCGGCCAGCUCUACUAGGUACCCUGGUUGUCGUGCCUUCCAUUUUGCUCGAAAUCGAUCAAAUCAAUUGGACAACCCCUGAAACCUUGCCCCUCAUUCUCAAUUGAUGCGACCAACUUGGAGUGAAUGGAGUGAAUAUUCAUUUUCCCCACACAAAAACCUACCACCCACUCAGUGCUGCACCCAUCUUCACCUUGAACCCACACCUCCUUUUUUACACUCUUUCAAACCACCAGCGCUGUGCGCAUUCGUCUCGACCUUUUAUCUCCUCUAGAUCGGUCUCGAAUCCCGUCGCAGAACUCUAAUCUUCAAGUUCUGACAUUAUCAUUUCAUCAUGAAGGGUGAGAUCCUCCACCUUCACUUGGGCCAGGCUGGUACCCAGCUCGGUAACAGCGCUUGGGAGCUGUACCUUCUCGAGCACGGUCUCGGAGCCGAUGGUCGACCCGACCCCAACGCAAAGGACGUCCUUGAUGGUGGUUCUUAUGAGACCUUCUUCACGGAGACGAGCACUGGCAAACACGUUCCUCGUUCCAUCUUCGUCGACUUGGACCCUUCCCCGAUCGACGAGAUCCGAACUGGUGGCUACCGUCAACUUUUCCACCCCGAGCUUCUGAUUAGCGGAAAGGAAGAUGCUGCCAACAACUAUGCUCGUGGUCACUAUACCAUUGGCAAGGAGAUGGUUGACAACUGCCUUGACCGAAUCCGACGUGUUGCAGACAACUGUAACUCUCUUCAAGGUUUCUUGAUUUUCCACUCGUUCGGUGGUGGUACCGGUUCUGGUUUUGGUGCUCUCCUCCUCGAGCGUCUUUCCACCGAGUACGGCAAGAAGUGCAAGCUCGAGUUCGCCGUCUACCCAGCUCCCCGAGUCUCUACUGCCGUCGUUGAGCCCUACAAUGCUGUUCUCUCUACCCACAGCACCAUUGAGAACUCCGACUGCACAUUCCUCGUCGAUAACGAAGCUGUCUAUGAUAUCUGCAGACGCAAUCUCGAUAUCCCUCGUCCUAGCUACGAGCAUCUCAACCGCUUGAUUGCUCAGGUCGUCAGCUCCAUCACCUCGUCCCUCCGAUUCGAUGGUGCCCUAAACGUUGAUCUGAACGAGUUCCAGACCAACUUGGUUCCUUACCCUCGUAUUCACUACCCUCUUAUCAGCUAUGCUCCUGUCAUCUCAGCUGCCAAGAGCGCCCACGAGAGCUUCAAGGUUCACGACCUCACCUUCCAAUGUUUCGAGCCCAACAACCAGAUGGUUGUCUGCGACCCUAGAAACGGAAAGUACAUGGCCGUUGCCCUUCUCUACCGUGGAGAUGUCGUCCCGCGCGACUGCAACUCCGCUAUCGCAGCUCUUAAGGCAAAGGCUUCUUUCAACCUUGUCGAGUGGUGCCCAACUGGUUUCAAGUUAGGUAUCAACUACCAAAAGCCCAUGGCUGUUCCUACCGCCUCCCCGUCCGACGGCGGUCUUGCGUCUGUCGACCGCUCCGUGUCUAUGUUGUCCAACACGACCGCCAUCGCGGAGGCCUGGUCCCGUCUGGACUACAAGUUCGACCUUAUGUACAGCAAGCGUGCCUUCGUACACUGGUACGUUGGUGAGGGUAUGGAGGAAGGUGAAUUCUCCGAAGCCCGCGAAGAUCUCGCGGCUCUCGAGAAGGACUACGAAGAGGUUGCGGCCGACAGCUUCGAGCCUGACGAGACUGAGGCGGAAUACUAAGCUUUCUGCGUUUUGCGCGUAUAAUACCCCUAGGUUUUCCCCUCGAUUGAAUCCCGUUCUUGUUCUGUACAAACCAGUGCCAUACCCCCUUAAUCCUAUUUCUUCGACGUUCUAAGUUGGCGAAAAUACUUGUGUGUGGUUGGAGUUGCAAAUAGAGCAAUGGAAAAACUUCCGUGGAUACUAAGUAUCUUGCUAUUCUUGGAAGGGGAGAGGCUUGUAGCGAGUUUACGACGGCGGCGUCUCGGUUCGGAGGCUGUUCGACGAUCCGAUAAGGUAUCUGAUAGGCGGUCGAUGGACGGAGUGCCCUUGCUUCUUCUCCUUAUAGCUUCUCCUGAGUUGUCCUGUCUUCUCCGUACAUUCAUAGUGGUUGCACAAAUUCCGCGAUGUCGAGUAGGUUGAUGAAUGAGAUCAAUGAUUCCCCCCAAACCUUAUCUAUGCAAAUUGUGAAUUGGGGAUUUGUUUAGAAAACCUAAAUAGAUUUAAGCCUUGAUACUCCA